GAUUCACCUCAUUCAGUGGCGAGCGGUAAAGGUGGGCGGUACUCCUCGUUGAUUCCCUCUUUGGUCACAGAUACUAAGGCGAUUCCACAGCCAUCAUGGAAUCGGGCGUGAGAAACAGGAAGAACAAAUCGUCGCCAAAGUCCAACAAGCUGGCCAAGGGUAAAAUCGAAGAGCUGGCGACGGAGGAGGACCACGACAUGUUGAAGAAGAGCAUCGAGAAACUCAAACACCUGAACGAGAAUAUCAGCCGGGAUGCUAUACCUGAUGGGGACGACCUCGCAACCACCAGGGAUUACAAGGGCGAUGGCGAGUCCGCCCCCGACACCCCCCCGCCCGAGACGGCGCCCGAGUCCGCCACGCCGCCCACUGAAUCGCCCAAAGCUUCCAAAAAGUCUUCCAAGAAAGCCAAGGCGGCCACCAAAGCCGCGCAGGCCGCGUCGCCGCCCAUAGAGCUGAGUCUCCGCUUGGAUGGCAUGUCACUCUCGCUCUUCGUGGUGUCCUUCCUCACGCGGAUCUGGAAGCUGGAAACGCCGAGGGGCAUUGUAUUUGAUGAACUUCACUAUGGAAAGUACGCUGGACUAUACAUGCAGAACACUUUCUUCUUUGAUUCUCAACCUCCGUUUGGAAAGCAGCUUGUUGCCCUCGCAGCUUACAUCGCUGGCUUCGAUGGGAGCUUCAAGUUUGACAGGAUUGGAUCUCCAUAUGACCCCAUAGUGCCAGUGUCUGCCAUGCGUAUUGUUCCUGCCUUUUUUGGCUCCUUGCUGAUGCCAACGGUGUAUAAUGUCAUGGUAGAACUUGGCCUCUCACACUAUGCUGGUGCUUUGGCUGCCUUCCUCAUGAUAUUUGACAAUGCCAUCUUGGCACAGUCCCGUUUCAUUCUGAUGGAAGGCAUUCUCAUGUUCUUUGGAAUGUUUGGGCUUCUGUGCAUUCUGAAGUUCAGGAACCUGUACAAGCAGCCAUACACCCUACCCUGGUUUGUGUGCCUCAUCUUUGGUGCAGCUUCCCUAGGAGCAGCUGUGUGUGUCAGAUACUUUGGCAUCUUCACCCUCCUCUUGGGCGUUGGAAUCUUGGCAAAGGACUUCUGGACCAUGGUUGGUGACUGUACCGUGACGGACCGAAAGUUGGCUGGCCAUUUGUUGACAAGAGUAUUGGUCUUCCUUACCAUCCCACUUACACUUUACAUUAGUUGUUUCUAUGUGCAUUUGUCAUUGCUAUACAAGGCAGGACCAAAUGACAAUAUCAUGACUUCUGCCUUCCAAGCUAGUCUUGAGGGUGGCCUGGCUUCAAUAAUAUCUAACCAGCCUGUCAAGAUACUCCACGGGUCACAGAUUACCCUCCGCCACACACACGGCCGUACCUGCUGGAUACAUUCGCACGAUGCUCUUUAUCCUGUAAAGUAUGCUGAUGGACGAGGUUCCUCACACCAGCAGCAAGUUACGUGUUAUAGCUAUAAGGAUGUAAACAACUGGUGGAUUGUCAAGAAGCCAGAAAUCGAGGAGCUUAUUGUGUCCGAACCUCAAGUACCUAUUAAGAAUGGUGACAUCAUUCAGCUGGUGCAUGGCAUGACUUCAAGAGCACUCAAUGCACAUGAUGUAGCAGCACCUGUGUCUCCACACAACCAAGAGGUUGCUGCAUACAUAGACUACAAUGUCUCAAUGCCAGCACAGACUAUGUGGCGUCUAGAACUCCUCAACGCAGAUCAAACAGAUGGUCUUUGGCAUGCUAUUGAGAGUCAGAUCCGCUUGAUCCACGUAAAUUCAACACAGGCUCUGAAGUUCUCUGGCCGUCAGCUGCCUGAUUGGGGCUUCCGUCAGCACGAGGUUGUAACUGAUAAAGUUGUUGAACAGGAAGAUACCAUUUGGAAUGUGGAGGAACAUCGCUAUACACGAACUGAGGACAAAAAGGAACGUGAGAAGGACUUGAUCCGCUCUGAGAUGCUCCCCACAGAACGCAAGAAUCUAACUUUCUGGAAUAAAUUGUAUGAACUGCAGUACAAGAUGCUUUUUAACAAUCAGGAGAAUGUGGCUGGACACAUGUAUGCCUCAGAUCCCCUGGACUGGCUUUUCCUGAAGCGAGGAGUCGCGUACUGGAUUUCAGCAAAUAGCAAUGCCCAAGUUCACUUCAUAGGAAAUAUUGUUACAUGGUUGUCAGGAACGGUUGCCCUUGUGGGAUAUUUGGGACUGUUCAUCCUCUACCUUCUCAGACGUCAGAGAGCUUGUUAUGACCUACCAGAGGCAAUGUGGAACAAGUUCUGCACAAUUGGCGAGGUUUUGGGUGUAGGUUUUGCCAUCCAUUACUUCCCCUACUUCCUUGUAGACAGAACACUCUUCCUUCAUCAUUAUAUACCUGCUUACAUAUUCAAACUUUGUCUCUUGGCUGCUAUGAUAGAACACGGUUACUAUCUCAUAUCAGAAAAUUUCAAGGCUGCAAAGUUAGCCAAGGUCUAUCUGGCUGUUGUUGGUUUGUGGAUGGUGUCCAUCCUCUACGUGUUUUGGUUCUUUGCACCUGUAACAUAUGGUAGUGCAGAUCUCACUGCAGACCAGGUGAUGAGCCUAGCCUGGAGAGAGACCUGGGAUCUGAUCAUACACAAACAGUAAUGGAACUGAUGGAAGGCUCAUUUCCUGUAUUCUACUGAAGAAGUGCACACAUGACAAAAGAAAACUAAGGACAAAACAAAACAAAAUACUUGGGUAUUUUAUAGUCGCACAUUUGACUGCACGUCAUCACCUCCAUACAAGGGAGGGAAAAUGAUGUGCACUUUCUCUUAAUCUGAGUUACACAAAAUUGCAGUUGCAUAGAAAACUCCAGAGGUGUUGGAAAUCUGGAACAGAGUCUCAAAGCUAUAUUUAAAGGUUAGGAAUGGUUGAUAGUUAAGAGUAUAUAAUUAGAUUAUAUAAAUGAUGGAAAGUUACAACAGGACAGUAUACAGUAUUGUUACCUAGAAUCUCAUUUUUACUAUGUUAGCACUUAGCAGGGUUCAAAAUGUGUUGAGAUUGCCGAAUCUUAUGCGCAAAAUGAUUGUGAUUUUACAGAUCUAUCCAUUCCAAGAUUGACUUAGUAUUUUUAUAUUUAUAAUUACUUUUACUUCUAAUUCCAAGUAUAACCUAUGACAAACUUCAGAUUCUGUUGUUGAUUAUUUAUGUACAUGUAUAUGGGGAGCCUAACAAACUGAUGGUCUUCCUGGGAUCUUCCAAUAAAUAAUUAAUCUCAACAGGGUAUUAAAGAAGGAAUUACUGUGAGUACUCCUGUACCCAUCCUGGAUUCUGAACUUGCACCUUAAAAUUGUGCAUCUGCUUGCAUUGUGAUAUGAAACUCUUUUUGUGAGUUCCAUGGAAGAUUUGUUAAGAUUGUUCUGAAAUCUGUUGGUCCUUGAACAGAUUGCACACCAGUGAAUGUGAUACAUAUUUAAGAAGGAUAAGGAGGGACAUCUUGAGUCCAGAUGCCAUAUAUUCUUGGUGAAGGUAACAUUGUUAUUUCUCUUGAUACUCAUUUUCUAUUUUUGUAAUUUGUUAGUUUAUAAAAUAAAAAAAAUGAUAUAUCCUUCA